GUGUGUCUGUCGGCGGCGGACUCCCCCAUCAAAACCAAGAUGGCGGCGGAGCGCGCGCAGCCGGCUCGGCUCGCUGAGUGACGGACAGACAGAGGAGGCAGCCUCCCUCACGGUGGGGGACUAACGGAUAGGAGACCAGAAUAAAACGGCAGUCCUCCCGGCUGAGCAGCGCGCCUUCGCCCCACAGCAAUGCGGCUGCACCGAUAAACCACCACCGGCGGCGGGGUGGGGGAAGUUGUGACCGAUUUUGACGUUCAUAAGCGGAGGGCAGCUGGCGGGGAUGGGAAAUGAUGGAGGACAAAGGCCCCCGUGUAGCCGACUACUUUGUGGUCGCCGGUCUGACGGACCCGUCCAAGCCUUUGGACCAGGAGAUCCACUUUGAUGACGCGUGCCACAAGACGGCCAAGCCGAAAGCGCCCAUCACCGACGUGGCGGUGGUGAUCCGCUCUCUGGGCGAGGACGUGCCUCCCGGGUUCACGUGCAUAGAGACCACGCCCAACGGACACUCGGCCGAUCUCAACAACGGAGGCCUCAUGGCGCCGCAGAUCUUCCUGUGCUACCGGAGAGGCCGGGACAAGCCGCCGCUCACUGACCUGGGAGUCCUGUAUGAGUGGAAGGAGCGACUGAAACAGGGCUGCCACCUCAUCCAGACCACGCCCGCCGGUCGGCCCGCCAACAUCAGCGGUAACUCCUCCCAGCGGAUCUACGUCACCUUCCGCCGAGCGCCCGACACCCAGCCCCACGCCUCCCUGGCCGUCACCGACAUCUGCAUCAUCAUCCCCAGCAAGGGGGAAGCGCCCCCCCACACCUUCUGCAAGGUGGAGAAGAACCUCAACAGCAGCAUGUGGGGCUCCUCUGUGUACCUGUGUUACAAGAAGUCUGUGGCCAAAACCAACGUGAUCGCCUACAAAGCAGGUUUAUUCAGCAGAUAUCCAGAGGAGGACUACGAGUCAUUCCCACUGCCGGAGUCGGUCCCCCUCUUCUGCCUUCCCAUGGGGGCCACAAUCGAGUGCUGGCCAGCAAACACGAAGUACGCCCUCCCAGUCUUUUCCACCUUUGUCCUGACCGGAGCCUCUGGAGAAAAGGUCUACGGCGCCGCCAUCCAGUUUUAUGAGCCAUACCCACAGGAGUGCCUGACUGAUCAGCAGCUCUCCCAGUUGGGUCUCUUGAGCCCAGAACAAUGCAAUUCAUCUCUAUCCAGUCCUGAAGCUGAUGCCACCAACAGUACUGCAAACAGCGUCACUAACCCCAGCUCAGUCUACACCAACAAGUGCAUCUGCCUCCUCUCCCAUUGGCCCUUCUUCGACGCUUUCCGCAAGUUCCUCACAUUCCUCUAUCGAUACUCCAUCUCCGGCCCGCAUGCGCUGCCCAUUGAGAAGCACAUCUCUCACUUUAUGCACAAAGUUCCCUUCCCUUCCUCCCAGAGGCCUCGCAUCUUGGUGCAGCUCUCUCCUCAUGACAGCCUGAUGUUGAGCCAGCCAGUGAGUUCUCCGUUACCGCUCAGCGGAGGAAGGUUUUCCACUCUGCUUCACAACCUCGGUCCUGAGAACGCCGUCACCUUACUGGUGUUCGCUGUGACCGAACAUAAAAUCCUGGUCCAUUCGUUACGGCCGGCGGUGCUGACCAGUGUCACAGAGGCCUUGGUGUCUAUGAUCUUUCCUUUCCACUGGCCGUGUCCGUACAUCCCCCUGUGCCCCCUGGCCUUGGCCGACGUGCUGAGCGCCCCCUGCCCUUUCAUCGUCGGCGUGGAUUCUCGUUACUUUGACCUGUAUGACCCUCCGCCUGACGUGAACUGUGUGGACCUGGACACAAACACCAUCUUCCACAACGACGAUAAGCGGGCUCUCACAUGGAAGAUCCUGCCAAAGAAAGCCUGUAAAAACCUGAUGAAUGUGCUGAGUAAUCUCCACCAGCAGCUGGUUGAUGGUCAGUUCCGGGCGGACGGGCUGCUAGAGAUGAGCAUGAGCGACUCGCCAGAGCUGAGCUGUGGGAAGAGUCUCCACAUGCUGGAGCUGGAGAUCCAGGAAGCCUUCCUGCGCUUCAUGGCAGCUAUCCUAAAGGGUUACCGCUCCUUUCUGCGCCCGAUCACACAGGCUCCCUCGGAGAAAGCCACAGACGCCAGCUCGCUCUUCGACUUACAAGGAUUCCUGAAGAGCCGCGACCGCUCGCACCAGAAGUUCUACUCCCUCAUGACCAAGACCCAGAUGUUCAUCCGCUUCAUCGAGGAAUGCUCGUUCGUCAGCGACAAAGACACCAGCCUGGUGUUCUUUGACGACUGUGUGGACAAACUUUACAACUCAGAACGGAGCACAGAGAAAGGAGGGAAGGUGGAAGGCGAGCGGCCGGACGAGGCCAGACUGAUCGAGAUUGACGAGUCGCAGCGCAGCGAGCACACGGUCUUCAUCACACCCCCAGAGCUGCCGCCUCUGCCGGAUGGGGAGGAGUAUCCACUGUGCUACAGGUAUGAUGGCUUUCCGGUGUUAACUCUGGAACUGUUCGACCCUGUGGAGGGGCUGCGGACGCCCUCGUCCCGCCUCGCCGCCAAACACAGCUGUCCCACCAGCCCCGCCCCGAUGUUCAGACGGACCAAACAGGAGAUCAAAUCGGCGCAGAAGAUAGCCAAGAAGUCGUCGUCCAUCCCUCAGCUGUGGUCCAAGUGCCUGCUGCGUCACUGUUACGGCCUGUGGUUCAUCUGUCUGCCGGCGUACGUGAAGGUGUGUCACUCCAAGGUGCGGGCGCUCCGCACCGCCUACGACGUCCUCAGGAAGAUGCAGGCGAAAAAGCUGCAGCCUCCCGAUGAGGUGUGCUACCGGGUCCUGAUGCAGCUGUGUGGACAGUAUGGCCAGCCUGUUCUGGCUGUCAGGGUCCUCUUUGAGAUGAAGAAGGCCGGCGUUCACCCCAAUGCCAUCACUUAUGGCUACUACAACAAGGCGGUGUUGGAGAGCACGUGGCCUUCCAGUACCAGAGGAGGAUACUUUCUGUGGAUGAAGCUGAGAAACGUCAUUCUGGGCGUGGCUCAGUUCAAAAGAGCUCUGCGACGACAUGGACCCCUGACCCAGAGCCCUUUCUCAGCUUGUUGUUUCUGGGCAGAUGGCAGCGACCUGGACGCUGUGAGUCACGGCAGUCUGGAUAGCUCUGCUGACCCUAACCCGGCCGAGCAGAGCCCCAUCGCCUCUGACUCUGUCAAAGUAGACCCAGCUGACGAUAGAUCUAGCACAGUCGGCGGCGGGGGCGACAGCGCGGGGGCCAGGCCCGUGGCGGCCCGCUCACGCUGGGUGGGCUCUGAGCUCAGAGAAGCCGCUCUCCACCCAGGAGAUCAGUCGGAUUUGGGUUAUAACUCCCUGUCCAAGGAGGAGGUUCGGAGAGGAGACCCCGCUCCCCAGGACGCAGCCGCCGACAAAGACGAUAAGAAGGAGAGCGACUGCAGCUCCUUGUCGGAGACUGAGAGUGUAAAGGGAAGCAAGGACUGCCUCCCUCAGCUGGACUUGGAGGUCAGUUCCUCCUUCAAACCUCGUGGCAUCGUUCGGAGCAACUAUCCGUACGGAGACUCCGCCAGAAAACCCAAGAGCUCCACGAGCGCAGGACACAUCGCAGGUCUCCUCUUCACCACCUCGCUGGAUGAAAUCGGAGAGGUUCGCGCCAACAGCUUGCUCAGGAGACACCGGAGCGCCCUGGAGGAGGUGGUGGGCAGCUCCGCCACCACCGUGCUCGGCCUGGGUAUGAGCCAAGCCGAGACCGACCCGGACAAGAUAGCCGGACACCUGGGCGCUGAUGCCAGGAUCCUCUCCGGCACUAAUUACAAGAACAAGAAGCCUCAUUUAAGAGGUUUUGGAGGGCUGGAGAAAAUGUCGGCUGACGCAGCGGGAGGCUGCAACCACAGAGAGGAGGAGGAGGAUUACAGCGAUGAAGACAAGAGCCACACAGAAGCCAUUUUUGAUUUUGAAGACCUGGAUUUAGAGAAGCCUGCGCCAGCGGCCAAACACCUCAAAGCUCACAAAAAACCCGUAGAGCGCAGCGCCAGCUACGGCGGCAUGAGCGCCGCGGCGUCCAAAGGCGCGGUGAAGCGUACGGACAUCGAAACGGGCUACGACCCCCUCUCCCUGCUGGCCGCGGAGUCGCAGAGCGCUCAGCCGGACGUGAACCAGGACUCCGAGGGAGACGAGGCCGGCACGCCCAGCGCCCGCAGGAAUCUGGCCCGGGAGAUCGAGCUCUACAUGAGCCACAUGGACACCCCGCUGAGCAGCCGCACGUCCAGCUCCGAGCUGCAGGACCCCGUCAGCCCGCUGCUCCUGCACCCGUCCUCCGCCUUCCGCCGGUCCAGCCUGCCCCACGCCUCCCCCAUGAGGAGCGCCGGCUUCCCGCGCUCACGCACCUUCCACCAGACCUCGCCCUCCCGGCCCAUCUCCCGCCAGCGGCUCAUGUCGUCCCCUUCCUGCCGGAGCUCCAGCACCAGCCCCAGCCUCAGCCCCUUCAGGGAGCGCGGCGACGGGGCGGGCCUGGCGUCGCCCUCCUCGUCCUCCUUCGCCCUGGACACCCUGCUCACGCCCACGCUGGACGUUUUCAAGACCAGCGUCGUCUCUGCCGGGAAGGGCGUGGCGGAGAAGGCGAGCCGCUGGUACUCGCGCUUCGCUACGUACACAACGCCCACCAAGGACGCCAACAGCGACCGUCUGAGUGUGUCCUCCCUCAGUGUUGGAGACCCAGACUGCUCGUCCAUGCAGGAUGACGCAGAGUGUGAGGACACCGAGUGUCUUGCCGUCUCCCCGCAGAAGAACUGCCCACCUGGCCCGUACGGGUCCCGCCGGAGCCCCAGGCGGAGCCCCGCCCACUCCAGAGUGGACAGUCCCACCGCGAGCCGCAGCCUCGGGAGACCGACGUCUCUUCCUCCUGGGUGUCCUCUGUCUCUGACCGGGUUCCCUCUGCCGGACAAGUCCGACCUCGGGUCGUCACGCUACACCAGCAACACCAGCAUCUUCAACAACUACGCCAUGGAGCUGCUGAUCUCCAGCUGCUCCCGCUGUAAAACGUGCGACUGCUUGGUGUACGACGAGGAGAUCAUGGCCGGCUGGACGGCCGACGACUCCAACCUCAACACCACCUGCCCGUUCUGUGGGAACCCCUUCCUGCCGUUCCUCAACGUGGAGAUCAGGGACAUGAGAGGACCUGGAAGGCUCUUCCUGAAGGGCAGUCCGUCCGUGGAGGACGCCAUGACGUCAUCGUACUCCGCCUCCACAGGUUUGGACACGGGGACGUCCACGUUGUCCACGCCGUGUCCCACCACAGCCGUGUUCCCCCCCUCACCAACCGCGGCCGCACGGGACUCCCCUGGAAGGGUUCGACCCAACAGGGCUCGAGGCAUCAACAUCCCCACAGAGCGUCGCCAGGGGGCGCUGUCUUCCGGAGGACCCAUGACUCGCAGCGUCAGCGCCUUCGGCCCCAUGGAGGAGGAGUCCCAGUUCAGCCACCACCUGCCGACGUCAGGCAGCCUGCCGAGCCACCUGAACGAAGCCCCGGACCCCCUGAGCAUGGACUGGCAGCUCCACAACCCUGAGCCCGUGACGGUUCCCUAUCUGAGCCCCCUGGUGCUGUGGAAGGAGCUGGAGAGUCUGCUGGAGAACGAGGGGGACCCGGUGAUCGCCGAAGCCGACAUGGUGGACCAUCACCCCAUCAUCUACUGGAACCUGCUGUGGUACUUCAGACGGCUGGACCUGCCCAGCAAUCUGCCGGGCCUCAUCCUCACCUCCGAGCACUGCAACAGAGACUCCCAGGUGCCUCGUCACUGGAUGUCGGAGGACAGCAAACACGUGCUGAUCCAGAUCCUGUGGGACAACCUGAAGCUGCACCAGGACCCCGUCCAGCCGCUCUACAUCCUCUGGAACACAUACAGGCUUAAUUGUACUCUGUUGUUAGAGAACGUGGGCUACCCUCUGUCCCGGCCGGUCCCGGAGGAGGAGAAGCCGUUCACCGACGAGCUGCUGCAGGGCGUGGUGAGGAGCAUCCAGAGGAACGACGUCAGCCGGCCCAUGGCUCAGCUGCUGCAGCUCCUGGACAAGAUGCUGGGCGUCGGACGGCAGAGGAGUUUGUACCGGGACAUCCUCUUCCUCUCCCUGGUGGCUCUGGGAAAAGAUAACAUUGAUAUUGAUGCCUUCGAUCGGGAGUACAAGCUGGCGUACGACCGCCUGCUGCCCCACCUGGUGAAGCUGACCCACAACUGUGACCGUCCUCCCAGCACGGGCGUGAUGGAGUGCCGCAGGACGUUUGGAGAGCCUUACCUGUGAAGCGCUCCCCUUCCCCCUCCCUCCUCAUGGCUUUACCUCCAGCUCAGGAACCCUGCAGGAAGACUGAAUGUGCACUACGGUGACGCUCGGAGCAGCCGUCUGCUGCGCUCUGCUCCAUGCAGCCCGAACGUUUCACAGACUUCAUCUCGGCAACGAUGCAAACUCGCAGCGCUCCUGAACGCACCGCUUUCAUCCAGCGUCUCGCCUCGUUUCUGUUAAAAAAAA